CAGCUCAUAUAAAAGUACAUUCAGGAGAGAAGAAAUAUAAAUGCGAUAUAUGUGACAAAGCAUUUUCUCAUAAAUGUACUCUAAAAUCACAUAUGGCAGUACACACAGGAGAUAAAAAUUAUCAAUGUGAAAUAUGUGAGAAAGCAUUUGCACAAAAGAGUAAUCUGACAGCUCAUAUAAAAGUACAUUCAGGAGAGAAGAAAUAUAAAUGCGAAAUAUGUGACAAAGCGUUUGCUCAUAAAUUACACACAAGAGAGAAAAAUUAUCAAUGUGAAAUAUGUGACAAAGCAUUUGCUCGCAAUGACUAUCUGAAAACACAUAUGACAGUACACACAGGAGAGAAAAAUUAUCAAUGUGAAAUAUGUGACAAAGGAUUUUCACAACAGAGUAAUCUAAAAGCUCAUAUAAAAGUACAUUCAGGAAAGAAGAAAUAUAAAUUCGAAAUAUGUGACAAAACAUUUGCUCAUAAAUUAUCGUUUGGUGUUAGGAUUUUGAGGAAACUCUGUAUUUGGAGUCCGUUUGGCGACACAUUCUCCAUACGAGAGAAGAAUUAUAAAUGUGAAAUGUGUGACACAGCAUUUCCAGAUAAAAGUAAUCUUAAGACUCAUAUGGCAGUGCACACAGAAGAGAAGAAUUAUAAAUGUGAAAUAUGUGACAAAGCAUUUGCAGAUAAAAGUGCUCUUAAAACUCAUAUGACAGUGCACACUGGAGAGAAGAAAUUUAAAUGUGAAAUAUGUAAAAAAGCAUUUGCUCGCAAUAGCCAUCUGAAAUCACAUAUGGCAGUACACACAGGAGAGAAAAAUUAUCAAUGUGAAAUGUGUGACAAAGCAUUUGCAGAUAAAAGUACUCUUAAAACUCAUAUGACAGUGCACACAAGAGAGAAGAAAUUUAAAUGUGAAAUAUGUGACAAAGCAUUUGCUCAGAAAUAUAAUCUUAAAUCUCAUAUGGUUGUGCACACGGGAGAGAAGAAUUACAAAUGCCAAAUAUGUGACAAAACAUUUGCUCAUAAAGUUACUCUUAAAUCUCAUUUAGAAGUUCAUUUAGGACAUAAGAAACAUAAGAAUUAUAAAUGUGGAAUAUGUGACAAAGUAUUUGCUCAUAAAGUUACUUUAAAAACUCAUAUAGAAGUACAUUUAGAUGGGAAGAAAUAUAAAUGUGGAAUAUGUGACAAAGCAUUUGCAGUUAAAAGUACUCUUAAAACUCAUAUAGAAGUACAUUCAAGAGAGAAGAAUUAUGAAUGUGGAAUAUGUGACAAAGUAUUUGCUCGCAAUAGCCAUCUAAAAAGUCAUAUGGCAGUACACACGGGAGAGAAGAAUUAUGAAUUGCACAUAGGAGAGAAGAAUUAUAAAUGUGAGAUAUGUGACAAAGCACUUGCAGAUAAAAGUUACUUUAAAAAACAUAUGACAGUGCACAUAGGAGAGAAGAAUUAUAAAUGUGAAAUAUGUGACAAAGCAUUUGCUCGUAAAAAUACUCUCAGAAUUCAUAUGGUUGUGCAUACGGGAGAGAAGAAAUUUUAA